AUGACGACGACAACAACGCCUCAAAAAGAUAACUGGUCUGCUUCCAAUUACGCAAAACACGCCUCAUUUGUACCAAAGUUAGGUUCUGUGAUCCUUGAUAAACUCAACCCUCAAUCCAAUGAACGUAUAUUGGACUUUGGAUGUGGGGAUGGUGUAUUGACCAAGAUAUUGGCAUCAAGAGCGCAAUCUGUUACUGGCAUUGAUGCGAGUCAGGACAUGAUUCUACGCGCACAGCAAGAUGACCCUCCUCAAAACACCACCUAUCAUACCGUGAAUGGGUAUGACCUGGCUGCCUGGUUCGAUUCCCAAGAAAAGACGGAUCCAUAUGACGCUGUGUUCUCUAGCGCAACCCUUCAUUGGUUGAAAGAGGAACCUGCCAAGGCCAUUCAAAAUAUUUACCACAUUUUGAAGCCUCAUGGACGAUUUGUUGCAGAAUUCGGUGGUUUCAUGAACUGUGGAGAAAUCAAAAAUGCGUUGAUCCAUGCUCUCAACAAACGCGGCAUUGACGGUAACGCCGCUUCACCUUGGUUCUUUCCAUCAGCUGAACACUACAGUAAGAUGCUUGCUGAGAAUGGUUUCCAGGUACAGGAAGCAGAGUUGGUACCUCGUAUGACGGAAUUGGACACAGAUAUCAAGGGUUGGAUUGAAACUUUUGGAUUUGCCUUUUUAGAGCAUUUGAGUAACGAUCAGGAACGCAAGCAGGUCGCUCAAGAAGUGCAAGAUUACCUUCAACCCAGCUUCCAGAGAGAAGAUGGUAAAUGGGUGGUCAUGUACGUCAGACUUCGAGUCAUUGCCAUAAAAAAGUAG